CUCUAGUAUCUACUCUACUUCAAGACUACAAGUGCAACCCUUCGUUUAUCCCUAUAUCAAAAUGAGCAGCGUGACCUACCGCGACGGCAUCGCUAUCCUGCAGCUCAUCAUAUUCCCAUUCAUUCUUGUUGCUGCACUGUUCAUUUGGAAGCGCACCGGCUGGAAAGCUGGUAGCAAGAUCUGGCGCUUCGCUGUCACGCUCUCUCUCAUUCGAAUUGCCGGCAGCAUUUCGUCGCUGCUGACCAUCAGCCAUGAUUCCCGCGAUGUCGAGGUCGCCGUAGCCGUGUGCGAGCUGAUCGGUAUUGCGCCUCUGUUACUUACCUAUGUCGGUCUACUACGACAAAUCGAUACACAACAAAGCAUGCACCCCCGCUUUCUUAACUCCGUGGCCAUCAUCUGCUUUAUCGGACUCAUCCUCGGUGUUGCAGGGGUUAGCAGUGGCAGCGACAAUGAAAGCACCUAUCGCCCCGACAGCAUCGUCAAGGCGUCUAUGGGCAUUUUCCUUGCCGUCUUCGUCGUCAUUCUCUUAAUCACCGUCUGGCUCUUCGUCCGUCUCCGCCCAUCUAUGCGGGCAUUCCAGAAGAAACUCUUCCUCGCUAUCGUCAUCUCGUGCCCCUUCCUGUUGAUCCGGCUGAUCUAUUCGGCGAUCGGGGAUUACACCACAGACGCCCGGUUUACUGUACUCGUGGGCAGUCCCACCAUUUAUCUGUGCAUGGAUGUGCUGGAGGAGAUCGCUGCCAUGGUCAUUACUAUGGGUCUCGGGAUAUCGGCUGUACUGGAGAAAGACUAUGUACAGGUGACUUCAGCUGGGGGCUCGUUGGAAGGGAAGGUCGGAGAGGUCUAA